AUGAAGUCUGGCUUUGAGAAGCUUGCGGAGAAGAUGAAGUUGACGUCGAAGGACAACUCUGACGAUGCCCAUGAGCGUCAAUCCGAAGAGCACGAUGGAGAAGGCAGUAGUCAUGAGCAUCGUGGAAAAAGUGGCAGUCACUAUCACCAUGGGGGAGGUAGCAGUCAUGAGCACCAAGGAGGUGGUAGCAGUCAUGAACGCCGCGGAGGAGGCAGCAGUCAUGAGCACCGCGGAGGAGGUAGCAGUCAUGAACACCGAGGAGAAGGUAGCAGUCAUGAGCACCGAGGAGAAGGCAGCAGUCAGGAGCACAAAGGCGAAGGUAGCAGUCAUGAGCACCACGAAGAAGGCAGCAGGCAUGAACACCACGGAAAAGGUGGCAGCCGUGAGCAUCAUGGCGGUCACGUGCCAGCGUGCCCGGUGCUAAUCGAGCGAUCCGGCGCCUCCCAAACUAGCAAAUUUGAAGGUAAGUCCUUUCGAGUAACUAUCGUCGCAAGCCACUGGUACGAGAAGGUGGUCCACUCGCUUGUGGAUGCGUGUUCGAAGGAGCUCUUGGCCAAAGGUGUGGGGGAAGAUAAUUUGCACGUCGUGGAGGUCGCAGGGGCAUUUGAGUUGCCGUUCACGGCUGCUCGAUUGAUUGCGUCCGAGAAGAUGAGCCACCGUCCAGAUGCUGUCAUCUGCAUUGGCUGCUUUGUCGAGGAUGCCACGCACACGUGCGAGACCAUGCGUCAAGCCGUUGCGCACGGAAUUAUGAAGCUGAACGUCACGUCGGACGUCCCCGUCAUUUUCGGCGUGCUCUGUUGCGACAACGAGUCGCAAGCUCACUCGUCCGUGGAAAAGCGUUCGUGUUAUGGCAUUGAUGACAGCGAGCAGUGCAACUUCGGUGUAUCGUGGGCGCAGUCAGCAUUGCAAAUGGCACAUCUGAGUCGUUGUACUUCGGUGAAGGAGAUGGAGCAUUGCAGCUGCUUUCGCAGUGACAAUCGUAGUGGUGGUGACAGUGACGAGCACAAGCGGAAGCUCACGAAGCAUGAGUCUGGAAAGCACGAAUCUGGUAAGCAUGAGUCUGGAAAGCUUGAGAAGUGUACGUCUUGCGGUUUGUCGGAGAAGAAGUGCUCGUGCAAGGAGUGCGUGUGCAAGGCGUGCUGCGAUCACGGUGGGGCGUGCACGAGCUGCAAGUCGUCGGCGGAGAAUUGCGAGUGUAAGGACUGCAAGUGCCGUUCGUGCUGCGUCAGGCGCGACGCGUGUCGCCGGUGUGGAUGUCCUCCAGACAGCUGCUCCUGCCAAGGCUGUGACUGUGCUGUCUGCAGCGGCAAAGACGGGAGCGAUGCGAAGACGAAGUCAAGCAAGUACACUGAUGAGCAUGAGUCGACGAAAGCAUCGUCAGGCGGGCAUUCCAAGGAGGAAAGUGCGUCCGGUAGCGGCAGCGGCAUCCACGUGAGCUCUGUCAAGUGUGACCGUUGUGGUAGCCCGAGCGGCGGAUGCCAGUGUGGCUUGUUGCACUAA